CUAAAUCGAAGUACGUAACUUCACCGGGAGUAGUGCAAAUUCCGGACUACAUAUCCCACAUUUCUCGAAUGGGAUCCUCAAGAUUUUGGUCAUGCAGCUCUGCUGGCAGUAUUUACGUUUUGAAAUCCUUCUGUUCAUUAAAUGAAUUGCGGUAAAACAAUUUAAGCUAUUGCUCAAUGGAGAUUACUCGAGCUAGACCGUCGCUGUUUGGAGAUAUUGCUCAUGGUCUUGGGUUCUGGACUGAGCGGUCUGCAGUGCAUGAGGCAGCUGCAGAGGGCAGAGUGCUCCAGCUCCAGCAGUUGAUCCAAGCUGGAGCUGCAGUCAACAUUGUGGCUGUGGACUCUAUCACUCCCCUCCAUGAGGCCUGCAUACAGGGCCAGACCCAGUGUGUCCGAUUGUUGCUGGAUGCUGGUGCCAAGGUGGAUGCACGUAACAUAGACGGCAGCACCCCACUCUGUGAUGCCUGUGCAGCUGGCAGCCUGGAGUGUAUAAAACUGCUGUUGGAACAUGGGGCCACAGUCAACCCUCCACUGUUCACCUUCUCACCGCUUCAUGAGGCCUGCAUGGGAGGCAAUUCAGAUUGUGUUCAGCUUAUGAUUGAUGAGGGGGCACACAUGGAGGCUCAUGACUGCCACUUCGGAACACCACUACACGUUGCAUGUGCCAGGCAAGACUAUGAUAGCACCAAGGUGCUUCUCAAUGCAGGUGCAAAUGUGAAUGCUGCCAAGCGACAUGAGACUGCACUCCAUCACGCGGCCAAAGUAAAUAACAUUUACUUGAUUGAGCUGCUGGUAGAGUUUGGAGCGCAUGUGUGUUCCAGGGACAACCUUGGCAAAAAGCCCAUCCACUACACCAGUCAAGGGUCUCCCUCCUAUCUCUGCCUUGAGUUCUAUGAGAACACCCCCCUCAGUUUACAGAAAAUGAGCAGGGUGGCUCUCAGAAUGGCUCUGGGCACGAGAGCUCUGGACGUCGUGUCCCAACUGGGGUUGCCUAAUCGGAUGAUUAACUUCCUUUCCUACACACCUCCCACUGUGGAAUACUACUACUUAUAAUACAUCUCCCUUCAUCUUCAUCUCCCCAUGAAGGACGUUAGGUUACAAUGUCCCAACUGCAGCUAAUGGCUAAACAUGGAUACAGUAGAAGCGAGUAGUUGGGAUAUUUUUGAGCACAUUGUCAUGGUCACCUUAAACUAUUGCUCUCAAUUCAGCCAACAACUGUUACACCGGUCAGGUGAUAGGAUGCAAAUGUAUGACAGCAGAUGAUAGAUCUGUAGCCCCCGACAGGGCUAAAUAUUGCUAGACUAAAUAUUGAUACUGCACCAUACUGUAGAAAAAGUUUAGUUUUUUAGUCUAACAAGACGGUUUAUAUUCAUAUUAUGAUGUUGUGAGAAAACCAACUCAUAUUUGGUUUAUUUAGCCUGUUUUGCAGAAAUGUAUAGAAACCUCAAGUCAACCAAGCAAGUUUAAGUUUUGGACUGUAAUUAUUUGUAAAUAUUGAAAGUUAUUUAUUUUGA